AUGGCUCUGACACUUGGCCCCGCUCUCUACACUCUUUCUUCUUCUUCCUAUCUACUAGAAUGUGAUAAUGUAGCACAAGGGGGUCUCAAAUCCCUAGAAUUUCCUGAAAAAUAUUUAGACAAAGAUAAGGGGUGCGAAAGUUGUUUGGCAAGGAGUGAUUGGCAUGUUGUAGCAGUGGAUGAGGCAAUGAAAUGGUGA